UCUUGGGGCUCCAGUUUGCUGCUGCAUGCUCUCGUUUCUGUUGCGCGGAGGCCUCGUCCUCCUCCUCGCCUCUUUCGUGCUUUAUUUACGAAUUCCACCACCCUCGCAAUCCUCGCUGCCUACCUCUCCCCCGUCCCCGCUUUUCUCUUCCCUGUCGCGUUCGUCCACUCGAAGCCUGAUGUAGUCGCCUUCUGCUCUUCCUUCUGCUGUUUUCUCUUAUGCCGUGCAUUACUGCCCCUCGCUCCCAUAAUAUGCCCCAUCAGCAGCAGCAGGUGGUUAUGGCAGCCUGCGCCGGUGGCUCCCCUUUGCCAUCCUCAUCCACAACUGUUGGGAGACGGUGCUCCUUGGGAGCCUCCCGCAACUCUCGACUUCGCAACCUUGGUCCUUCGACAUUGCGUUUUCAGCCAUCACAGCGUUCUACUCGCUAUCAGGGGUCCUUCUCUCUCACUUUCUGCGUCCCUCAUUCAUCUAGCGAUGGACGCGCAAGGACAAUUAGAGCUGCAUUGAACGGCGGAGACAAGAUGGAAGUGGUUCUAGAUGACGCGAAUGAAGCGGAGCGCUUGCGAGUCUUGCAAAAACAAGAUGAAUUGGCGUCACGGAUCGCAUCCGGAGAAUUCACUGUGUCCCAACCAAGCAAUGACUUUUUGCUCACUAUCCGGCGGAUUUUGGCUAACUCAGGGCCAGCGGGUCGUGCACUGGCCCUGCAGCUGGCUAUUUAUGAGGCCCGAAUAAAGGCUGAGCAGUCUGAGAGAAUGCCUGAAUCCCGUGGGGAUGUCGGCGCUAUUGUUGGUGAACCAUUUUUCAAACCGCUUCAGAAGUUGUUCUUGAUUUAUGGGGGUGUGUUUCGGCUUACAUUUGGACCGAAGUCAUUUGUGAUAGUUUCGGAUCCAAUGGUGGCGAAGCAUUUGCUGAAGGACAAUGCAAAGGCAUACUCGAAGGGAAUAUUGGCUGAAAUUUUAGAAUUCGUGAUGGGGACUGGACUUAUACCAGCAGAUGGAGAAGUGUGGCGUGUGCGUCGUAGAGCCAUUGUUCCUGCUGUGCAUCGAAAGUAUGUUGCUGCGAUGAUGGAGGUAUUUGGUCAGGCUACACAACGUUUGUGUGACAAGUUGGACGAGGCAGCCGUUUCUGAGACCAGUGUGGAAAUGGAGUCGCUCUUCUCAAGGCUGACCUUGGAUGUUAUAGGAAAAGCUGUAUUCAACUACGAAUUUGAUUCCUUAUCAAAUGAUGCUGGCAUUGUAGAGGCUGUUUACAUAACGCUGAGAGAAGCGGAAGAUAGGAGCAUUGCCAUUUUCCCUUACUGGAAUAUACCCAUUUUGAGAGCUAUUGUACCACGGCAGCGGAGGGUAGCGAAGGCACUGAAUUUGAUUAAUGAAGUGCUGGAUAACUUGAUCGCGAUCUGCAAGAGGAUGGUGGAGGAGGAAGAUGUCCAAUUUGAAGACGAAUAUGUAAAUGAUCGGGACCCUAGUAUCCUUCAUUUCUUAUUGGCUGCGGGGGAUGAGGUUUCCAGUAAACAACUACGAGAUGAUUUAAUGACCUUAUUAAUUGCUGGUCAUGAAACUUCCGCUGCUGUACUGACGUGGACAUUUUAUCUACUGGCUCAGAACCCAGGUGCCGUAGCAAAACUUCAAGAGGAGGUGGAUAGGGUCUUAGGAGAUCGAAUUCCAACUGUUGAAGACAUGAAAAAGUUGAGAUAUACAACGAGGGUUAUUAAUGAGUCCUUGCGUCUUUAUCCACAACCGCCAGUCUUGAUUCGAAGGUCAUUGGAAAGUGAUAUGCUGGGAAAGUAUCGCAUCAACAAGGGCGAAGAUAUUUUUAUUUCAACAUGGAAUAUUCAUCGGUCUCCAUACCUGUGGGAAGAUCCAGAAUCCUUCUUGCCUGAGCGCUUUCCAUUGGAUGGUCCAGAUCCCACAGAAUCGAACCAAAACUUCAGAUACUUGCCUUUCGGUGGAGGUCCUCGGAAAUGCCUAGGUGACAUGUUCGCCACAUUUGAGAACAUAACAGCAUUAGCCAUGCUUGUUCGGCGCUUUGAAUUUGCACUUGCUCCUGAUGCACCUCCUGUGGGCAUGACUACAGGAGCCACGAUCCACACUUCAAAUGGAUUACACAUGUCUGUGGUGAGAAGGAAAAUCAAGAGUGACAGUGCCAAGGAAACACCAGUCACACAAACACAGUCGUCGAAUGGUCUAGUUUCACAAGGAACGUCAUGAGCCCUCCAAUGCUUGUAAUCGACUGUUUCGUGCAAACUUGUUUGUACUGGCCCAGUUAUACAUUGGUUAUGUUGGCCAUAAAGCCUACGUAUUAAGAUGUGGACAAACACAUAACGGAAAUAUGAACGAUUCAUUUUCAAAAUAAACAAUUGGACGCAUUCCAGUCAUUGCCAUAA